GUUUAAUUUCGUCAUACCAUAUUCUAUUUCGUAGGAGGAUUAUCCGCGUCAAGCUCCAUUAUGGUUCAGCGAAUCUGACGAUGCUGUGAUUUGCUCUGCUUUGGAGCGUCUUUCAUCAGGGGGUGAUCAUCAGACUUGCUUACUCGCGCAGAUUCAUAAGCUUGUAUCUGAGUUAUGUCGUCAGUACAACGUUACUAUCCCCUCGGAACUUACUCGUUUGGCACCUCCGGACGAAGACGAUAUGAAGGAUGAGGGACAAGGAAGCGACAUGGAGUCAGAAGAUGAAGGGGAAGAAUUGGUGGAGAUUGCCGAAGUUGAUAUGACUGAGGAAGAGCCACAUGGUAGCACAGAUGACGAUGUUUCACCUGAGGGAAAGGAAAUGCUUGAAAAAAUCACGCGUUCUACUCGUCAG